AUGGGAGAAGCAUUCUUACCCGCCAGUUCGUCCAGGGGCCCACGUCUCGCAGAAGAACCCCCGGAUCUGCCUUUCAAACGCGGAGGGUUUUGGCGGCUCAAGCCAUUAGCAGCGCGAGACUGGUAUCACCCCCACACUGCAGUGGGAGCAGCGGCUGCGGCACCAGGCACUGCUUUCUGCAGCGUCGAGAAGCGACUCUCGCCCCCGAUAAGCAGCGGCUGGAAGCAAGCCACAUCCAAGUCUUCAGAGGAUGCAGAACCUUCGCCCCUCCCUGCCGAGCCGAGUGACGCCUUACGCGUUCUCAAGGAUGCAGCCGCGGGAGGCAAUGCUGGGGGUACGGCUGCAGCCCCCCCUCUCGUGAUUUCGACGGCUACUACGUCGUCUGCUUUGAAUAGACGCCCGCGGGUGAUCUCGGAGUGCAGCGGCUGCUCCUUAUCCACACCCACUGCGUGGAGGAAGUGGCUGCUGCUCCUGGCCGAAGAGAACGCGCAGCGCAGGCAGCAGCUGCUUCUCGCCUAUCCGUUUGCUUGCAAGAAGCACAGAAAAAGCUUGGCAGCCUCUGGAGGUCCUUCCGUUGUUGGCUUCGCUCAACUGCUGCGGAUGCUGGAAGCGGCUGCUCUGUACCCGCACGCGACAGAAGCGGCAGUUGCAGCUCUGAGGCAGCGCGUGCAGCUGGGAGUGCCGGCUGCAGCAGCCGCUGUCUCGCAUGCAAGGCAGCUUUCUGAGCGUCUGGCUUAUGCGGAACGGGGCUUGUAUUUGCUAACCCUAGAAAAAGGCGCACAGCUGCUGCAGAGCCUGCGAAACUUUGACGCCUCCGAGAGCUUUCUCCUUGAAGCCACGGCUGCAAGGCCUCCCUUUCACCCAGGAUCUAAGACGCCCUGCUGGACCUUUCGAACUGUGGAGCGACCCCUGCAUGCAAUUUCAACUAGACAGCAGGCAACGCCGCAGCAGCUCGAGAGCGGCUCGCUCCUCGUCCUAAAGCCAGUAGACGAGGCCUCGGCAGUGCUUGCGAAAGCGCUGCGGAAGCUGCAUGGGAACGCCUUUGACUUCUCAUCGAUCACUGCAGAAGCAAGGGAAGCCUCAUGGGCAGCAGCGGGUGCCACAAGUGUGACUGAGUCAAAGCAGCAGCUGCGGCAGCUGCUGCAAGAGGCAGACAGGAAGCAUUCCAUUCAGUGUGCAGCCUGCGGCUCUCUCUUGAUGCUUUCGGUGUGCGAGAUGACUCAGCAGCCCUUGCACUGUCCGAACUGCGCAGCUACAACAGCAGCUUCGCCUUCAGCAGCAUCCUUCGCUUCGAGCCAUGAGAACCCCUUGCAGCAGGAAGGGGCAGCAACAAGGUUCACUGCGAUGCGCCAUGUGCUGCAGCAGCUGGCGUCGGCUAGCUCCUUGACAGCUGAUCGAUUCGCGCUGGACGUUCCCACAUACGUCGCCGUUGUCGGCAGCCGCAGCAAACCGCAAAAUUUGAGGCUGCGGGUUGUGCCUCUCCCCGCUGCGGCUGCGAGGGCUGCCAGGCAGCAGGCAUCCUCGCGAGACGAUCUUCCCCCCCCCGCAGAGGGGGGAGCCUUUGCAGUUUCUGCAGGCGCGCGCUUCUGGGCCAUGCCGGUGUCAUUCGUUUCAGCAGUGCAUGCCAGGCAAAUCGACGCCCUUAAGCAGCUUGUGGACGACGCUGCAGGAGCAAGUGCGUCUGCUGCAGCAACUACGACGCGCGAGGCGGCAGCAGCAGCAGCGGCGGACGGCUGGCGUCGGUGCCACGGAGAGAAUCGCAUUCUUGAGGUUCUCACGCAUGGCGGAGGAUGGGGGGCAGAUCCGUCGAAGGCCGCUGCUGCCGAGGCUUGCCACGCAUUUCUCAGAUAUACAGCACCCGCCAUCUAUCAGGUAGCCUCGGGGGAGGCAGCAGAGAGUCGCGUUGCAACGUUCACCGCUCCUGCAGCAUCCGCCAGCACUCCGCGCCUGCAUGCAACUGCACUGACCCCGCGGCAGCAAGAAGCGGUCCUUGCAGCGACAUCUCCAGGCAGCCGCAUCAUCACAAUAGAGGGCAAGUAGAAGCGCUCACACGCACGGCCCCCUGGCACAGGAAAAACUGCAGUAGCCGCUGCAGUGGUGAGACAGUGGCUUUGCGGCGCUGCAUGCCGCGCACAAUCGGCGUGCAACGAUCCCCACUGCACCUGCCGAGCACCCAUCUUCGUUGCUGCGGGAACGCAUGCGGCCCUCCGUUCACUAAAGAACAAACUCGACCUGGAGGGAGUCGAGACAGUACGCCUCUCAGACGAGGCGACGGUUUCUGUGGCGCUAGACAGGGCAUCUUCUUCUCGCCAGGGGUAUCGACUGUCGCUGAUGAAUUUACGGCCCGCGCGCGUGCUCGUUGAUGAAAGCUCCCAGCUUACUGAGUUCGCUGGGUUGGGGGCGCUCGUGCACGGUGCUGAAGUCGCAGUUUUCAUCGGAGAUGAGAAACAACUGCAGCCAGCCACCUCCCUGCCUCCCCAUGAGGCGCCUCCUCGCUCGCUCUUCAGUGCUCUCAAGGGCGGCGCUUGCCAGUCAGUCCUUCUGAAUGUUCAGUUUCGCAUGCCUCCGCUGCUUGCGGCCUUUAUCUCGGCGCAUUUUUACGAGGGACGCCUUAUGACGCACCCUUCUCGCGCUGUACCUGUGCAGCAGCAGCAGCAGCAGCAAGUUUUGCCUAGCGGCGAGCGCGACUGUGGCUCUCUCACGAGACUGGAGCUUCAGCCCGCGGCGAGCGCUUCCUCUAAGGCUUCUAAAGGAGGCAGAACUGACGGGGGGAGACGUCCAGACGAGCAAAGGCCUCGACUUUUCCGGCUCGCCUCGGAGCCGCUUGUUGCGAAGCAGGAGACUGCAGCUGCGACAGAAAGCUUGAGCCGAUUUCCUUGGCCUAACGGGAGUGAAGGCGACAAGGACCUCGCCGUUCGCCUUCUGCGGCAGAUGCAGAGGGAAGCGUAUCCGCUGGGGUGUCUCCAAGACGCAAGCCAUCCCCCUGGUGCGCCCUCCUUGCAAGACUUCGUGCCAGAGCGUCUGCCUAUCCUAUUUAUCGACACCUCGCCAUGGGCUUCGAGUGCGCGCAUGCAAGUCGCCAGGGUUUCCCUGCCGCGUGAAGAGGCAACGGCUGCGGCUGUCGCCUCACGAGGGAGAGCAUGCACGACAUCGCAAGGCCAGGAGUGCCCUUCCAAGGGGGUUGUACAGUGUCUUUUCGCGGAGCAGCGCGUCAAAGGCUCUCUACAGAAUCCUCUGGAGGCCUUUCUGGUAUUCAGAUGCGUGGAGAUGCUGCUCAACAGCGGGGCGAGCAAGGCAGAUCUCGCGGUUCUCACCCCCUACCAGGCUCAGGCGCAGCUUCUCUCCCGCAUUCUGCAUCCUCCCAAAGCUCUUGAUGUGCUUGACGAAAGGCAACGCCCCCAUCCCCAGGUGUUUACUGUCGAUGGCUUUCAGGGCCAUGAGAGGCCGUACAUCAUCCUCUCUGCUGUCAAAGGCCUCCGCAGGCACUCCCAAGAGCUUUUUCUUUUUGAUCCCCGGCGAAUAAAUGUGGCUUUGUCGAGGGCCAGCAGAGGACUCGUCAUCGUCGGCAAUGCCUGCGCACUCUCCCAGGCGUCGCCUACCUGGAAUAGUUUUCUGUUUUUCCUGCGAGCUCUCGGAGCGGCUUUACCCCUAGAUCAUCCCUCUCUAAGAGAGGAACUGACGAGCUCUCUGUUACUGCCGCGGUCUGGGCGUUUUCCAUUUUUAAGAGUAAUAACAACUGUUUCACAUGCCACGAUAUAUAGGCGGGCAAUCGAGCACGCACAAGCAGGAAGAAGACCUUCCGGAGCUGGAGGAACCCCACGGGAAAGUGAAGGAAUACGGGGAUCCGGUAGUGCUCCGUAUUUGUAA